CUUUUAUUUUUAUUUUUAUUUUUUAACAAAUGAGCAACGAAUUGACAGCGCAAAUGGGCCAACUGGACCACGAAAGGGCGAUCAACAGACUGGAGAAACUCCUCGAGGCAGAAUUUGGAAGCACGCUCAGCGAAAAGUCGGGAGAUUUUCAAGCAGCACGCCGUUUGGCCACGACCUUGCUCGGCAGCGCCACAGCCAAACCAGCCAUUACCAUGAACCAAAACUCCCAAGACAGUCACUACAAGGACACGGAUAUUCAUCACAACAGUGUUCUGAACCAAGCAAUGGCAGUAGCGGCAGCAAAAAACGCGGCAAACAGGGACUGGGACGCAAAGGCGCUCGACGAGCUGGUGUGCACCGGGGCAGUCUGUGGGACGCAGGAAUUGACCUGUAGCCUGUUGACGCCUGGCGGUGGCGGCAGACUCAUGGCAGAUGCUGGCGAUUUUGCAAACAUCGGCACUGCCGGCGGGGGUUGCAUAAUGGUGUAUUCAGCAUCCUCAGGUGUCCGCACCGUGGGGACAGUGGCCGAGGCUAUUGCUGCGGUUGGGCGGGGCAGCGCCGCAGAGAGCAGCGAGAGCAGCGAAUGCUUCUGGGUCGACAUCAUGGAUCCGACGGCCGAGGAGAUGGCGGCGUUGGCGCGCGAAUUCGACGUGCAUCCGCUGACCGUCGAGGAUAUUUUGACGGACUCCGCGGACCGCGAUAAGCUGGAGCGUGUGGCCGGCCGCGGGUACGCGCUGCUGAUCUACCGCGCGCUCGGCACGCAGGAUCAAGCCCAGGAUCAAGAUCAAGAUCAGGGCCAGGGCCAGGACCAAGGGCCGCAGGUGGCGGGGUUCUCGGUCAUCAUCCAGGACAACUGCGUUCUGUCGUUCCACGAUGCACAUGGCAGCGGCCACGUGCGCAGGACUCUGGGGCGGCUGUGCGGGCAUUGGUCGGCGCAGGCCAGCAGCCCGUUCUAUGUUGCGUAUGCGCUGGUCGACGAGAUCACCGAUGCGCUGCAGGCGGCGAUGCGCGCAGUGGAGGCGGAAGUGCAGGCGGUGGACGCGCUGGUGAUGACGACAACAGAAAAGCCAUUGAUGCUGCGGCAGAUUGGGUCUGCGCGGCGGCGGCUGCUGGGCAUCUGGCGGGUGCUCCUGGGCAAGCCCGACGUUGUGCGCGCGCUGAUGCGGCUGCGGCCCGGCGAGGACGAUUAUGGGCAUUACCUGACGGACGUCUUGGAUCACUUGGCGGUGCUGCUGAGCCUUUGUGCGCAGUGCGAAAUGGUCCUUUCGCGCGCACACGCCAAUUACAUGGCGCAGCUGUCGCUGGAGCUGGGCGAGAUUACGGUGGGCGCUGGCGUGUUUUCCAACCAGUGGAUGGUUUUGGCUGGCAUUCUGCUGCCGCUGCAGUUUGUUGCUGGGCUGUUCGGCAUGAACGUCACUGUGCCGUGGAUGGGCCAUGAGGACACGCCCGAGGUGGACACUAUGUGGCCGUGGAUGGGCAUUUUUGGUGGCUCGAUGGUCUUUCUCGUCGUGUCGCUUGCAUUCAUGCGGUACAGCGGCUCGCUGUGAGAACCAGGCGCUAUUCCUAAUUUUGGGCCUACUACGCGCAUUCAUGCAUUCAUGCAUUUAUUCAUCCUUUUUAUUUCACGUGCAUCCUGCUAUGCGCAGCUCUCUCUUUCUCUUUCUCUCUCUUCUCUGCU